CGCAACUCACCGCCAUGUCUUCUCGCGGCGUCCCCGAAGUGUUGAUGAAAAAAGUCGACGACUAUGUCGAUUCCCUCGCCCCCCAGAUCCAACCCCGCAUCACGGCCGAGCUCGAGGAUUUCCAACAAAAGACCAUCGAUAGUCUCGAGACACAGGUCGUCGAAGCCUUCCGCUCGCUUUUCAGCAAAGAUCGGGGCGCUUCCUCCGCGGACGGCUCGCAAUCACGCAGCCCCUGGAGUCUGAGCGACGCCAUCCCGGAUUCUUACGGCGGCCAGUCCCUGCCCUUUGCCGAUGAGAUCGCCACGCUGACCCGCGGCUUCAGCAAGAUCACCGAGGAAGCCGGGGACGACGUGCGUGACAUUUUCGCCCUUACCGAGGGCACCCGCGGUGGUUCAACUUCUGACGGGACCCGGUCCCGUGGAGGGGACCGCGCCGAUUCUUCGUCUUCGCGGGGCGGAGCCAUGGGAUUCCUUUCCGCCGCCAUCAACGUGGUCCAGGACCGUCUGGACAACGACGGCAGAGGAGGGGUUUCGGGAGGCCAGGGGCUCCAGCUGGACGGGCUGCUCGGCGUGAUCAGCAACACCGUCAAAGACGCGUCGCGUAACCCGGAGGAGAAGGCGCGUCUCAUCAGCCCCGAGAUCAAGGAGCGAGUCGGGGAGAAGCUUCGAGAACAACAUGCGCCCCUCGCGGAACAGUUUACCCGCAUUGCCAUGGAUCACAUCAAGCGCUGGUUGCGCGGCAAUACGACCACGCGGGAUCUCGGCGACGGGGUCAAGGGCGAGAUCGAAGACCAGGUCAAGGGGCUGGUAAAGGGCAUCGGGAGCUUAUUCGGGAAUGCAAGGGGGCCAUCCAGCGAGGAGUCUACGAGAAGUUUCGGCCAUGGUAGUCGGAAUCGCGGCGACAGUGGGGGCAACGGAGAUGCGGAGGAAGAAAGUGGCGGGUUCUCCAAGGUCAUCAGCGACAAGCUCAGCACGGGUCUCGCCAAGGUUCACAGGGAAGUCCGCCUGGAAUUUCGUAAAGUGCUGGGCGGCAUCGAGAAGCGGCUGUUUGAGCUGCUGCCCGAUGAGUUCCAACGGCCCCUGGAGAAGAUCCUCGGCGGCAACCCAUUUGACGCGCAGAUGGACCGCGAUGCCGGGUCCCGGGCGGACCGCGGUUUCGGGGACGACAUCAAGGCCAAGCUGGUCGGCAAGAUCCGCGGCCUCGUGCGAAAAGUGCAGGAGACACUGCGCGAGGGCAUCUUGGCCGUUGUGAAUGGUGGACAUCGCAAAUUCGAGCGCGCAAGCUGGGUUUUCGUGCAGAAUAUGGUGGAGCAGAAGGUGCAGAAGUAUCUGCCCAAGGUGAAGAUUUCCGUGCCGGAUGAUAUUGGGAACGAGGGCGUUAGUGUGGGAGCCCCGACAUCUCAUGCGGAACUUGGAGGUGGAGGCGGGCAGCAGUCUGGGGAUUCAUCACACGGAGACUACGCUCAACCGGGAUACAAUGAUCCUCCUCCCCCUUCGCAAUACCGACAAGACCACGGACCCGACGACUACCGUCAGCAUCAAUCUCAGCAGUACCAGUCGGAUGAAGGCCACCAGCAGAACGAGGGAUACUACCAGCAGAACCAAGGGUAUGGCCAGAAUCGGCCGUACUGAAGACGGCACCUGACUAGCGGGUAGUUGUAUUUCUGUAGAUUCGAACAAGUUGUCCCUUAUUCUUGUUUCGACACGUAAAUCUUUAUCAACAUAAGGUACCUGUACUCAUCAUACCUAAUUCAUGUUCUCUUUCUGUAAUAGGGUGCCUGGGUGCCAGUGAGACAGGGCAGGAGCUACUUAGCUGCGCACUUACCUUAUACAGCACAGAGAAAUAUAUCUAGGGGUAGUGGUACACCAUACAGAGCAAUACAUCUCGGGGUGCGCCUUCCGCCAUCAUAA